UUAUAUAUAUAUUGUGCUGCCUAAAGUAAAGUGUGAUUGUUUUAGGUAUCCUCCUGCAAAAUCUGUGUCUAUUUGCUACAACUAUCAGGUAAAUUAUAAACCAGAGUGCCAUAAGAGGGUGCUUCAGCUAUCGUGGUGUCUUAGGGACUCAGCAUUCCUGUGCCUUCCAGAAGAGGGAUAUCAGACAGAUUCUGUGCCCAUGAAGUGUCUCAGAGGGGCUGAACCCAGAGAUCUUGACUAAAGCUUGCCCAGAUAAUGGGGAGCAUAAAAGCACAUGCAUGAGCAGUGUGGAUCAAAACACAACAAUGGAUGAAGUCCUAAUCCUGCGUGUGUAUGACAUAGCAAUCUGUUGCGUUGGAAAGGAGCCGGGGGGUGAUCGCACACACGCUGCGGGAUUGAGGAGAUGGGCAGGGACGAGGCAGAGAGGCCAUGCUUAGCAGACAAGCGGAUUGUGCUGUUCGUCACCCGAAAGUGCCAAGGCAAUGCAGAAAGCGGGAGCUGGCUUUCUGAUGUGAGUGUGACACAGCUGAAAGCUGCCCCCUCGCUCUGUGCCAGCCCCUGCGGAGGCUAGCGCUGAACGCCAGGGCACCGCCCAGAGCUUGUCCCAUUGCAUAAGCCCCCUGAUGAGGUUACAUAACGGGCUGCCGCUGUCUGCGGGGCUCCGUGCCCCCCCCCCCCGGGUUACCAGCAUGGCACGGGGAGGGGGUACUUACGGGUGGGCUGAGCUGCAGCCCGCGGGCGGGGGACACGCGGGCCGGAACUGGAGACGAUCCAGAGCCGCAGCCUGCGGACUUGCAGCCACCCAGCCGGGGGCAUCGGCGCUGCUGGGCAGGGCACCGCUCGCCAUUGCUCUCGCCUCCCUGGCUUGCAUGGGGCGGGGACGGGCAAUGUCAGGCCGAUCGGGGACAGGACGGAGGAGGGGAGGGAGCCCGUGAAGGAGGGGCCUCAGCAAACGCCCUUCAAACCCUGCAGGCGCCACUGCCGCAGCUGGCUGCUCCCGGAUUCCUCCUGCAGAGGCUCGUCCCAAGCAGCCCCCCGCCACCCAUGCCCCUGCUGGGGAGCUGAGCAGAAAUUGGAAAUCUAGUCUGGAUAGUUUCACCAGAAGGGGUUCCAAAUUCAUAAUCUGAAGGUUGCAGUUUCCUCUAAUGCAAUGACUCAGCAGCCCCAGGAUGAAUUUGACACGAGUGUGGAGAAUGCAGAAGCCUGGAUGAAAGCUAUCCAGGAGAGACUGCAGAUCAAUGAUAACACCAAGGGACCUCGGUCUGCCCUGGAAGCCAGGCUAAGAGAGACUGAGAAAAUUUGUGCGCUGGAGCCAGAAGGUCGAUUGAAAAUGGAUUUGGUCCUGAUAAAAGCAGAUGCCCUUCUUCACUGUGUCAGCGAGGAGGAAAAGCAUGAGAUACUAGCCAAACUGAAAGACAUUAAAGCCAUGUGGGAAGAAACAGCCAUCUACAUUACUCACUGCCACAGCCGUAUCGAAUGGGUGUGGCUGCACUGGAGUGAAUAUUUGAAAGCCCAGGAUGAGUUUUACGUCUGGAUUCAUAACAUGAAGGUUACAUUGGAACCUGACAUAGAACUGCAGCUCGGUUUAAAGGAGAAGCAAUGGCAGCUGAGCCACUCCCAGGUUCUGCUGAAUGAUGUCCUAAAUCAGUCAGUCCUGCUGGAAAGGCUGCUGGAGGAAGCUGCUUCCUUGUUUAACAGGAUAGGUGACCCAAGUGUCGAUGAGGAUGUCCAGGAGAAGAUGAAGGUGGAAUAUGAAGAAAUAAAGACAGAAGCUCAGUGCAGAGUGAAAUUGCUUGAAAAGAUAACGAAGGAACAUGAGCAAUACAAGACCAAUGUCGACCAAUUUCAAUCGUGGCUGAAUGGUGUGACUGAAAGAUUGAACUGCUGCAUCGGAGAAACAACAACGUUGCCAGCAGAAAAUGGGCUAAAGACAUUGCAGAACAUUGCCAAAGAUGUUAAGCGUGGUGAAAAGAAAUUGAAAUGCCUGGAGGUUCAGUCCACAGGGGUGAUCCAGAACACCUCCCCCCUGGGAGCUGGGAAGAUGAAGGAUGAGUUGGAGGAGUUGAGGAAAGCCCUGGAGAAGUUGAAACUAAUAUGUGGUGAGGAAGAGGAGAGAAUACAUAAGAUCCUUAAGUCAGAAAGUGCCUAUCAGUCCCAAGCCAGACAGUUGGAAGCAGAGGUCCAGGAAUUCAGAAAGAUGCUACAAAGACUAGAAAAUGACCUGGAGUCAGAGGAGAACCCGAAGAGUGAAGAGGAAUUAGUAGCUCUGUGGAGAAAAUACAUCAGAACAAGAGCAGCGCUUGCAGCAGAAGAGCCAAAGGCUGAGAGACUGAAGGCUCAGCUUAAGGAAUUAUUCCGGUUUUCACAGAAUAUACAACCGCUCUCUGAAAGUGUUGUAGCUGCAAUACGGGAAUAUCAAAGGGUCAAGGGAAAGACAUUUAAAAUGAGCACUGGGACUGAAACUGAGCUCAGGCAGAGUUUUCAAAAUCCACUGCGAGAGUUCCAGUUGUGGAAGCCAUCAGCUCAGAGACUUCUGGACUCCACUGCUAAUGUUGCUGAGCCCUCCCUGACACAUGCUUUCUUACUUCAGAUUGAGGCAUGCCUGGCUGAGAGCUCCCAGUUCAAGGAGCAGUUGAUGAUGUUACAGCUGAAGAAGGAUUUGCUAAGCAAUAUCUUUAGUGAGGAGAGAGCAAAGUCUCUCCUAGCAGAGGUAACCGAUACGGCAAAGGAGAGAGAAAUUCUACACAAAAGACUGCUACAAAGGAAAAGCAGAUUGCAGAGUUUGAUAACUCAACAUAAAGACUUUGAUGCAGGCUUUGUGCCUCUGCAGAAGAAGUUAUCUGCUAUCAGAGCCAAAGUAGAUCUAGAGAAUGAACCACAACCUGACCAUUCAGGUAAAGAAACACGACUCCAGAGACUACAGAUGAUCCAAGAAGAACUGGCAGAGUUUAUAGUUCAAAUGGAAGAGCUGGAGAAUCUAGUUCAAUCUAAUCCCACCCACAGACAUAAAAUGAACCAGCUUUCAUCUGACUAUCAGACACUGAAGAGAUCUCUGGAGAUCAUCCUGGCACGGACUGAGAAGCACAUUCAGGAGCAUUGGACAUUCAAUAAUAAACUGUCAGACCUUCAGGGGUGGAUCACAAUGACUGAACAGAAGCUGGAAUCCUAUCAGGAUGCCAGGGGGGAAAGGAACACAGAGAGCAGAGUCGCCGACUUGGAGGAGCUGCUAGCUGAAUUCCCGGAUAAGGAGAUCCAGUUGCACCUUGUUGAGGCUCAUGGCCAGCUGGUGAUUGAGAGUUCUUCCCCAGAGGGGGCAGCACAUGUCCAUACUGAAAUGAACCAACUGAUAGAGUCAUUGAAGUCACUCAAAAAAAUGACAAUCAGCCUCCUCAGCAGCAUGCAGCCAAAUACAACAGUGGUUGAUAUGGGGAAGAGUAUAACCAUCGUGGGUAAUACACUGACUACUGGGUUUGCCUUCGGCUCUUCAGAGGUAACUCUCAAGCACUCCCAGGCAAAUGUGAGCAAAGAGGAAGAGAACAGUCACCUCCUUAAACUCAUGAAGGACUUUGAACAGUGGUUGCAUGUAGAAAAUGCCAAACUGAGCAAGAUUCUUAUCACGAAACCCUCCAGUUGUGAAGAAGUUAAAGCAAUACACAGCAAGCUGAAGGAGCUACAGUCUCGAGUUCCUGAGGGACAGUGUCUUUUUGAAGAUCUCCGUAGUCUUCAGACAGUUGUCGGGACCUCUGAAGAUGUGGAGGACCUGCGUUAUCAAUGGAUGCUCUAUAAAUCUAAACUCAAAGACUCUAGCAGCUCACUGACUCCUAGAUCUUUGGAAGAACCUGAUGGAUUCAGAAAGAGACGUCCAGGGGGGAUGUGUCCUUUCCUGCACCGCGUGUGCUGGACAGCGCUGCCACUGCAGAUACUCCUGCUGUUCUUGCUACUCCUGGCGUUUCUGCUCCCCCUGGUGGAGGAGACCCACAGCUGCAAGCUUGCCAACAACUUUGCCCGCUCCUUCAACUUGAUGCUGAGAUAUGAAGGCCCUCCUCCAACUUAACUCCUCUACAGGGACAUGGCGAGAAGUGACCGGCUUAGACAUCUAGGCUGUUUUUUCCUAGGUGUCUUGACUAUUGCUAAUCCUCUAAAUCUAGGGCUUCUAACAUGGCCACCAGAUUAACUGGAAACAUCAUCAAAUAAACGCAGUAUAAGGUUAGUCCAUAUAAAUCAGGUAUUAACAGUUAGAGCUAAAUUAAUAUUUUUACAAUAUUAUAUGAAUAUAUUUAUACUAUGAGUGUGUAUAUGUAUAUAUAUAUAUAUAGUGUGUAUAUAACUAUAAUGAAAAAAAUCUAAACUCCACUGUUUUGCUCUAAUCCUGCAAUAUUUUUGCUUCUGCCUUUGUUUAGCAACGAAUAGCAGAUAUUUUAAAAAACUGAGUUCUUGGUGUUUACAACUGAAAUCAAAGUGAGUGUGAGAAAAUAAGGGAUGUUCUGUGGAAUCAUGUAUCAGGAAAAAUUGUCUCAGAGUGAGAUACAACGGAAUCAUGUUUAAAUACGCUGUUUAACAUUAGGCUUUAGCAAAAGGGGAAGUUUCUAUUUGGGAUCAGUAGCUAGUUUUUCUAUUGCUUGAUCCAGUCACCACUGAUGGCAAUGCAAAAACUCCCAUUGAAAUGGGUGUGAGACCAGGCCCACAGUAUAUUCAAAUGCUCUCUGUGACAGUUUACCAACUUUUUCUAAUGCUUUGUCCUCUGUCACUCCUGAAGUCAGAGAGGUAAAACCGGGCAAGGAAAGUUGAAAAUAAUGGGGCAUUUUUCUAAACCUCACUCUAAACCAAAUUAUAAUUUUUAUUUUAUUUUGUGCAGCUACAGUGUACAAAGCUCUGUGUAGCAGUGAACUGUGUAAAAGAGAAAAAUAUGAUCUUGUCCCCCCUUUUAAACUAUGAAGAUCAUCCACACGAAUGGUUUUGGCACAGAAAUUGCUCUGGGAUGGACCACAUGAUCUGGACAAUGGGACGUAGCUUGUCUCAGCCUCAGCAUACAAACUGGUCAAAGCACAGAAAUACAUUAACAAAUGCAGUCAAUAAACAUGAUUCCUUCCUAGCUGGCGUUAUGUCAGUGGUUUGCUAACAAAAUGUGACAUGGUGUAAUUGCAUCAAGCACAAUUGUACUACAAGUUUUUAAAAAGUCUGAGGUCUGAGACACUGAGAAUUGUCAUCCUUUUACCUAGUCUUGUGCCUGUUUUCAUCAGCUCUUCUUUUUUAACAGAAAUGUAUGCAUUCAAUAUGCUUUUUAAUGUAAGUGCAGUUCACAGCAUUAUUAUGAUGAAACAACCAUUUCAUGGUGGUGUUUUACCUAAUUGGAGCCUGCAUCUUGUCCAAAAGUGGGAAAGGGGAUUGUUUCAAAUACUUUGCGGCACUUCUUUGAUUCACCAGCUUUUUUCUGUUCAAUUUUAUCCUAGAGUCAUAGUCAUCAUACUGUCAGUCAAAAAAUCUUAGUUAGUUUCCCCUAUCCUGGCUAUUUCUUUGAAUGAAAUUUGAAUUCUAGGUAGUGGCAACUGACUUUUUUGUCUCUCUCCAAACAAGUCCCAAAAUAGUAUCAAUUCUAUAUUGGAUACGCAUUAUUGUAUACUUGUAGGUGAGACUGACUUUUUUUGUACCAUAAAACAUACAGGAGGUUAAUUACAUCCUGACAUAUUCUACUCUGCAUACAAAACUCCAAUCCCCUAUCAUAAUACAUGGGACUUCUGUGCCAAAAUAAAAGGUAGAAUAUGGCCCAUAGUUACAUAUGUUAUAUUAUUGGAUGUAAAUUAUGUACUAACUACAGACCCAAUUCCAUUAAGUAUAAUGGUGAUUACUUGGAACAUAAGAACAGCCAUACUGGGUAAGACCAAAGGUCCAUCUAGCCUAGUAUCCUGUCUUCCGACAGUGGCCAAUGCCAGGUGCUUCAGAGGGAAUGAACAGAACAGGUAAUCAUCAAGUGAUCCAUCCCCUGUCACCCAUUCCCAGCUUCUGGCAAACAGAGGCUAGGGAUACCAUCCGCCCAUCCUGGCUAAUAGCUAUUAAUGGACCUAUCCUCCAUGAAUUUAUCUAGUUCUUUUUUGAACCCUGUUAUAGUCUUGGCCUUCACAACAUCUUCUGGCAAAGAGUUCCACAGGUUGACUUUGUGUUGUAUGCUACCUCUGCCUACUAUAUCAAUAAUUAUGAAGAGCUGAAAGAACAAAGUUUAGAUCUGAGAUUCCCCCAAAGUCUUUUUUAAAAAAAAUUGAUAAAGAGAGGAAAUGAGGAAAGAGAGGACAGGGUAGCAGAGGAGGGAGAAGAUAUUAAGGAGUUCUGAAUAGAAGGGAAUAGGCAGCAGUGGGGGAGAGAGAGGUAAGAAGGUGGGUGCAGAUAGAGAAGAGAGGUGGGAGAAGAAAGAAUAGGGUCUGAAAAAGGAAGGCAUGAACAGUAAGAAUAUAGAAUGUAAAGAACAAUCUCUAUUAGAGUCCAUCUAGUCCAGUGGUCUUCAAUCUUUUUUCAUUUGCAGACCCCUAAACAUCUUUGAAUGGACGUGCAGACCCAUUUGGAAAUCUUAGACAUAGUCUGUAGACCCCAAGGAGUCCAUGGACCACAGGUUGAAAGCCAAUGUCCUAUGGUAACAACAACCUUUCGUGGACCCCUUAGACAUAGUCUGUGGAUCCCCAGCGGUCCACGGACUACAUGUUGAAAAUCAUUGAUCUAGUCCAUCUUUAUGCCUAUGCAGUAUUAUUUUCCAUUGUACAUUGUCCAGUCUAAUUUCAAAUGUCCAAGUGGUGGGGCCUCUACCAUUUCCCUGCAGAGAGCUCUCUCUGUCAGUGAGGUCUUGUCUACACAAUCAUUUUUCUUCAUGCUUCCUGCAGUUGCAGUGACACCAGGAUCAGCAAGGGGGUGAGAGUUCUAAUACAGUGAGAAUACUGGUGUUCUAACAAACAUGUUGUCUAACCCCCUCAGAGCAGGUGGAGAGGACAAGGUGGUCAAAUGGCUAUCUGCUGCUCAUGGCCCACUGGAGCUAGAUCAUUGCUAGAGCUGGUCAAAAUGUUUUAAAUUUAGGAAUUCUGAUGAAAAAUGUCAUUGAAAUUUUGAAAAUCAGCUCCCAAAAAAAGGAAACAGUUAUUUUUGAACAUUUUUCAGUCAACUAGGAAAUUAGAAGGAAAAAUGCAUGAGUAGGCAGAGCCAGAGGGGAGAAAUGCAGCAGAAGGAAGAGCAGAGGAGGAUCUGAAGUAAUGCUGAUUACAAACUGGCAGUUAAGAGCUAGGAGAAGAGAGAGGAGACAGGUGACUUAAAGCAGAAAGGUGACAAGAAGAGGAAAUUGUGAAAGACAAAUAAGGGGUUUAAAUAUAAACAGGAAGGAAAGGAAGGCAUCAAGCUGUGUCCUCCUUCACAAAGGAGACAGGUGGAAAGGAACUAUAAUUCACAAGUGAUGCAGGAAAUUAAUUCCUUCUUUGCAACUGUUAUUUCCAGCAGAAGAGAGAGAGACAUCCUCCUCUCCCACAGUUAGCUGGUUCAAGAGCCAUGCAAAUUCUGCUCUGUGCAGCAAGGAUUUAAUCAUCUAAGCUCUGAACCAUGUGCAUCUCCCACCUCUGUUUCAAACCAUUUCAAUGUGUACAAAGAACCAGAAGGGGGAUGGGGCAGGAUAGAGAUAUAACAGUGUUUGUAGCAUAGCCCCUUUCUGCUUCUUUGAGGGAUGUUGUGGUCAGGAAAUUAAAUAAAACAGAAUGAAAGACAGGAGAGAAAAAGAAUUAUAACAAGUGGGAAAAGUUAGUUAAGGUGAAGAUCAAGGAGGAAACGGUCAGGUUUUUUUGCAUGAAAAUUCAAGAGUUUCUGGGUACUGGCCUUUCUUGUCAGGAUUGUUUUUGAGUUCAGCAGUGUAUCUUACAAGCGUUGGCAAUACAAAUAUAGGGGACAUUAAAGAAAUUAUUUCCAUGCAGAGGGUCUUACGAAAAUAACUUCCAUGUCACCUUAAAGUUUCAAUGUUGGGCCAGGUUUAAAAAAAAUCUAAAUUAGAACCACACUUUUGCCACUGGGGUUUUGCAUUGAAUUUAUUCUUUAACAUCUCUGCUGUAGAUCUUGGAGUUUUUCUGUAAACAAACUAAGAAAUACAAAUAUCUCAUAGCAGAGGUGAAUCUUUCUCUGUUUUUAAUGGAAAUCAGCUCAAGCAUUAGGCUCAGAUUUCUCUCUUACACCAGUUUUAUGCUGGAGUAACUUCACUGAUCUCAGUGGAGUUACUCCCAGUUUACAUUGGUGUAAGAAAAAUGUAAAUCAGGUCCUUUGUGGUGUGGGAGUGGGUUGGGGCGGGGGGGGCUCAAGGAGAAAAAAAUCCAACCUUCCCUCAUUUCUUAAUUUAAUUCAGAAGAUUUUGCUUUGCUGAUUUUUGGGAGCGUAACUGCUAUUACGAUGUGAAGCUCAAAUAAUGGUAAAGGAAAGUGGAUUCAAUUCUCCCCCUCAGAGGACUUUGUUGGUUUCCUGUGUCAAGGAAACAGGUCCCAAUAUCUAUAAAGUGCAUCCUAAGGAACAAAGUUUCAAGAGCAGUCUCACAAACUUUAGGUACAGAUUUCUGUCUACAUUUUUGCACACCAUUUUUCUUAUCCUAAUUUUUAUAAAAUCUUAGAUCAUUUCUGACUAGAGCUGGGUAAAACUUUUUGGCUGAUACUUUUUCAUAAAUGUGUGUUGGCUUCACUUAAUUUUUUAAGUAGAAAAUAACAAACAAAAAUUCUGAAAAAGUCAAAAUAUUUAAUUUUGACAUUUUGAAAUGAAACAUUUUGCCAUUUUGAAUCAAAACAGCUUUUCAUUUUUACUUUUACUUCAGUUUUAUUUUAAAAUAUUGAAAGGUUUAAAAAAAAACACCUCAUGUUACCUGAAUAUAUUUUCUUCAAUAUGUUUGGUUUGCCGAAAAAGUAAAAAGUUGUGUUUUGGGUAAACCUGAAUAUUUUUUUUGUUUUUAUUUGGCCACUGACCUGAAAAAUCAGUUAUUCACAGCUCUAUCUGGUGACAUCUGUCAGUCACCUGGAUGCUUCACAGUUGGGCUUCAGAUUCGAACACAGUAUGGAAUCAGUGCUGGCAGUAUACUUAAAAUCCCUGGCAAUAGCUUCAGGGGGAGUGUACAGAACUGGGUGGUUGGGAGUGAUCCGCCCAUUUUCCCUUCCUGACAGUCCAAAGUUUAGGGUUGCCUUGGGCUUGGGGUUGCAUCUCUGACCAUUUUGGAUAAUAGCCAUUGAUGGACCUAUCCUUUAUCUCUUUCUUCACUGAACCCAGUUAUACUUUUGGCCAUCAACAUCCCAUGGCGAUGAGUUCCAUAGUUUAACUUGCCAUUGUGUGG